GAACGAAGCACGUUAGAGCAUAGAAACUUCGUAGAGCUUUAUAAGCAGUGACCUUUGGAUCUGAAAAGGUGAGGCAGGCAGCACCAGCACUUUCACUCCCCGCCUUCUCCGCAUUCAUUCUCGUCUUUUCACAUCAAAUUCACAGCCACACAUUCAACCAUAACCAAUACUACAACAAUAACACCAGCAACAGAUAAGUAUUACUGUCAAUUGAACCAGCGAAAAUGGCUUCGGGAUUGGUUUUCCGAGGACACGAGGCCCAACCUGUCAACGACGCCUAUUCCGCCAAGCCACAGAAGCCAUGGUUCUCCCUCCGCUACUUCUUCCGCGAGCAGCGACUCCAUUUCCUCUUCUUCGGCAUUCUCCUCGCCUCCGUCUUCUUCCUCCUCUUCCCCUCCGUCUCUUCUCCUCCCGCCCGAGCCCACGACCCACUCCCCGCUUCUUUCUCCGCACGCCACGACUUAACGCACUGGAUCACUACCAACACCCGAGCCUAUGACGUGGCGGUGCAUUCCUCGGGGAGGAUCCCUCUAGGGAUCAAACGAAAAGCGCGCCGGGUGGUGGUGACUGGCGGGGCCGGGUUUGUCGGGUCCCACUUAGUGGAUCGGUUGAUUAGCCGAGGAGACAGCGUGAUCGUGGUCGACAAUUUCUUCACAGGAAGGAAAGAAAACGUGAUGCACCAUUUUGGGAAUCCGAAUUUCGAACUUAUCCGACACGACGUCGUUGAGCCUCUCCUCUUGGAAGUAGACCAGAUCUACCAUCUCGCUUGCCCUGCCUCACCUGUCCAUUACAAGUUCAAUCCCGUCAAGACUAUUAAGACCAACGUGGUGGGCACGUUGAACAUGCUGGGGCUUGCUAAAAGGGUUGGCGCGAGGUUCCUUUUAACCAGUACCAGCGAGGUUUACGGAGAUCCUCUGCAACACCCUCAGAAGGAGACUUAUUGGGGCAACGUCAAUCCCAUUGGUGUUCGAAGCUGCUACGACGAGGGAAAGCGUACGGCUGAAACAUUAACCAUGGAUUACCACAGAGGAGCUGGAGUCGAGGUAAGAAUAGCUAGGAUUUUCAACACCUACGGGCCCAGAAUGUGCUUAGACGAUGGUCGCGUUGUUAGUAACUUCGUCGCUCAGGCACUAAGAAAGGAGGCUUUGACCGUUUAUGGGGAUGGGAAGCAAACAAGAAGUUUCCAAUACGUUUCUGAUCUGGUGGAGGGGCUGAUGCGCCUUAUGGAAGGAGAACAUGUAGGACCUUUCAAUCUUGGAAAUCCUGGUGAAUUUACCAUGCUUGAACUUGCCAAGGUGGUUCAAGAAACAAUAGAUCCAGAGGCUAAGAUAGACUACAGGCCGAACACAGAGGAUGACCCACACAUGAGAAAGCCUGAUAUCAGUAGGGCCAAAGAGCUACUGGGCUGGGAACCCAAGGUGGACCUACGCAAGGGACUCCCUCUAAUGGUUUCUGACUUCCGACAACGCAUUUUUGGGGACCAAAAGGAAGGAGCAACCUCUACCUAAUGAAAAUUGGAAUUUGUUCUGCCAGUUACCUCAGACCAUGUGUGAAAGGAGAUUGUAGUUCACAUUUUUCAUAGCAUUAGCCAGAAAACAGUUAGGGAGGUUUCGCAUCUCUUCGUAGUCCAUUACUCACAGUAGCUAUUGUCAGCCAAACAUAAAUUUCCGCUUGGUCCUUUAUCCUCUACCAUUGAUGUCCUUAUUGUAUUUCUCUAAUUGCAACCCUUGUUGGAUGGAUACACGCUCACAAUGUAAUACGCAAUCUGACAUCUUUGAUACUGAAAAAAUAGAAGUUUAUGAACGAGUACAAUUAAUUAUGAAAUCGAAA